UAGAGAAAAGACGUAGGUACCUACAUUAGAUAGUCUAAAUUACUCUUUUGUUUUGUCGGUCUAUCGGACACGUAAAUAAAAGGAUAAUGGGUAAUUUGUUCAGCGUCAGCAUGGAAGAAAAUUACAAAAGGAACCAAGAAUUCUUGCAAACUAUAAACAAAGUCAAGAUGGAGAGACAAAUACAACUACAAUAUCAAAUGCAAGAACGCCAAAUGGCCUUGGAAAUAGCUAAAAACAGAGACACAUGUCUGUGGAUUACUGCUUUUUAUAUAACGACCGCAACGGGAUUGUUUACAGGUUUCAGAAGGACGAAAAGACAGUACCUACUGAUGCCGCUUGUCCCGUUGACAUUCAUCACUUUGUACUACUGGGACCUUGCAUAUGGGAAUAAAGUGCAUAGGAUUCGAAUGGAGGCGGAACACGUAAUGACGCACGAAGCUGAAUCCUUGGAGUGGCCGUGCGGUCUGCCUUCUCCCUCCUCCAUCGACCUCGGACGAUUCGACGAGGAGGAAAAGAAGAGAAUACAUCCGCCCCUUCUUCUCUAAACAUGGUUAAGUUUGACCCGUUUUGUGUGCCUUCAUCUUUUUUUUAGGAAGGUAUUUAACUAGACUUGUCAAAUAAUCUACGUUCUUGCUUGUUUUAUUAAUUAAUAAUAAGUUUUUCAGUGUAAUGUAAUAUACAAAAUGGCGGGUUGGUUGUAAUUUGUACGAUACUCCAUAGCUGUUGGCGUAUACUAGUCUCACAUUAAAAACGUAAGCGAAAUCUUAGAAUACAUGUACCUGACUUUCUCAUUUAUGAUUUAAGCUUAAAACAUGUGUAUUUUAAUUGUUUUUUUUUUAUUUAUGUAUUUAUUUUUAAAUGAAUUAAUUUGUUUACUAAGACAAUAUUUUGAAAGGGGAGUUUAUAUAAAUAAAGAGCUCUGUGUGCUUAGUGCGAGUUUUUUAACGUUCUCGAUAGCGUAAAAGUUAACUAAUAUUUGUA